AUGGAAAAAUCUUGCGAGUUGGAAAAAAGGAUUUUAGAAACUUUGAAGGAGAGAAUUCAAGAAGUGCAAGGCAAGUUUGCCGCUUUAGACGUCAAGAUCAUCGACGGACGACAGCGUGGACUUCCGUUGGAAAAAUCAAGUGAGGCUGGAGCUUCUGUUGGGUCAGCUGGUCAUCUGCGAAUGAAACCGCCUCAAUUUGAUGGUACAACACCUUGA